GGAUUAUCAGGGUCCUUUUGCAAAGGAUCUUAUCACGACUCCACUCUACCACCCAGAACAUUACCAUCAGGAAAGCUGCAGAGACGGUAGCAUUGCAGAGGAGGAGGACAAGAAGCUGGGAUUGGACCAUGUGCCAUAGUGGGCUACCAUUGCGCCAUUGUCGCAACCCAACCAACGGCGCGGAUGUUGGCCGAAACGGGCAAACGAGUUGCCUUUUGCCGGGACUGAUGCGAUCCGUCGCACUGCGAGUGCCGACGACUCGGCGAUUUCGCAGCGGGUUCAGGACCUUGGUCAAAAGAAGCAGACUUUUGGCGAUGUACUCAAUUUUGGGUCCAGAUUCUUUCACCCAAGACGGCGAUGGCUUCACUCGAGGAAAAGUCACCCGCAGCGGCCGCCGCAGGCCCAGCCGACGCCCACGAUGAAAGCCGGGAGAUGUCUAACGACGGCCCGUGGAUUCGCUUCAUGACGGCGAUCCGCUGGUACUCCAAAGACACGCCUAGCGAGGAAAAGAAACUCGUCCUCCGUCUGGACCUGUUGAUCCUCGUCUUUGGCUGUCUCUGCUUCUUUACAAAGUACCUCGACCAGUCCUCCCUCACCAACGCCUACGUCAGUGGCAUGAAGGAGGACCUCAACCUCCAGGGAAACGAACUCAACUACAUGACCAUCGUCUUCUGGUCCUCGUACUGCACCUCCAUGAUCCCAGCCUGCUACUACCUAACCCGCCACCCCAUCAACGUCGUCCUCCCCAUCCUCGAAAUCGGCUGGGGCCUCUCCACCUUCGGCCUCGCCUGGGCGCGCAACGUGCAAACAGUCUACGCCAUGCGCUUCCUCACCGGCCUCUUCGAGUCCUCCUCCUUCACCGGCAUCAUCUACGUCAUCGGCUCCUGGUACAAACCCGCCGAGAUCGGCCGCCGCGUCGCCCUCUUCUACGUCGCUGCGCCCUUGGGCACAAUGUUCGCCGGCUACCUCCAGGCCGCCGCCUACACGAACCUCCACCGCGUCCACGGCCUCGCCGGCUGGCGCUGGCUUUUUAUCGUCGACGCCGUCGUCACCGUCCCCAUCGCCCUCGUCGGCUUCUUCGUCUUCCCGGACGUCCCCGCGCGCUCGAGGCCGAGACUGCUCCCGCCGCGCCUCUACGCCCUCGCGCGGGACCGCCUCCGGGGGCUGACGGCGCCGCCGCAGCUCAAGGUUUCGCGGGAUGUUUUCGGGCGCGUAUUCCGCCGCUGGCACUGGUACCUCUUUGUCGCGCAGUGGACCAUCAUGAACGAGAACCUGCAGCCCAGCGGGUCCCCCUUUUCGCUCUACCUCAAGGCCUUUCCCGCAACCUACUCCGUGACGCGGAUCAACACCCUGCCGACCGUCGCGACAGCCAUCUCGGUCGUCUCGGCAUUUGUCGCGGGCGCCGUGGCUGAUCGCACGGGCUGGUUCGCGGGGUUAUCCGUCGCUGCCACGGUGCCGUCGCUGAUUGGGGUGAUUUUGCUCGUGGCGUGGGACGUCGGCGAGGGCGGUCGUCUAGCUGCGUUUAUGCUCAACGGGUUCGAGGGCGCGACCCCCUCGCUGACGAUGGCGUGGGCUACGAUUACCAUGGCCGGGGACGCCGAGGAGCGCGCUAUUGUGACGGCGUCGAUGAAUGCCAUUGGGCAGGCUAUUGUUGCCUGGGCGCAGCUGCUGCAGUUCCCGGCUGUUGAGGCGCCGUUCUUUCGGCGUGGAUUUAGGAGCGUUGUGGCGACGAUGGUGGUGCAGUUCUUCAUUACUGGUGCGAUUUGGUUCUUGGUUAGGAGGGAUCGGAGGAAGCUGGAGGUUACGAGGGAGGACACGGGGGAACCUAUACAGGAGGUGAAGCAAGGGGUCUAGAUAAUACAUAGGAGAUGGUACAGCUUCAUAGGUAGUGAAGUUGUUAUACGGAGUACGGCACUUGGCAUUGAUCUGUAGCUACAUGCCCCACGGUAUCAUCCAUGUACAUCAAUGAGACCGAGCCUUCUUCUUGGGAGGAGACUCGAUAAUCUCCACAUCAGAGUCGGGAUCCCUGCUGGCUCGCUUCUUCUCCUUCCAUUCCUUAAUCUUGGCCUUUAUGGCCUGCAGACAAGCCUCCUUCAGCUCCUCUCGACCCAGCCCGCC